AUGUACAGUUAUAACAAUAUCAUCGAUAAGGCCGAGCCCAGUAACAAGGAUGUAAUUGAUCGUGUGCCCUUGUGCCUUGAAAUGACCAAUAUUGUGUCGCAGCGUCGCGUGGAUGAUCGGGUUGAUGUUUUAGUUGUGGAAAAUUUCUUGUCCAGUGCGGAAUGCGAUCAAAUCAUUGCCGCCUGCGAAGAAGUGGGCUACACCUUUUGGCGGCAGAAGGACGCCAGCGUCGUUUGUGUCGCGGGCCACUGCAGUGGGGAAGAGGAGGCACGUGCUUUUCGUGUGGUGGACACCAUUGAGGCAAAUUUCCCGCAGUUGUCACGAGCACUCUCGGAGCGCAUUCAAAAGGUAGUGCAUUUGGAGCCAAGAACCUUUGAUUCAUCCUUGACGGACUCAGAGGACAUGUUUGCUCGUGAUCUUGAGGGUACCUGGGUGCCGUUGACUCUCUCGAGUAAUCUGCUGCUUGGUAGGUAUGGGCCUGGUGGACAUUUCUCCCCGCACGUUGAUGGAUCCACCGUGGUGGACCUGAAUACGCGUUCUCUGUACACACUACUUAUCUACCUGAACACCUGCGAGUGUGGCGGGGAAACAGUGAUAUUUACAGGAGAACAAAUGGACACCCUCGAGCUGGACGCAAAAACGGGCAAAUACAUUGGCAAAAAAGCGAACCGCGUUGGGGCGGUUUGCCCUGAAAAGGGUUCUGCUGCAUUUUUUUUCUGUGAUGUGCUUCAUGAAGCUUCACCAGUGGGGGAGGGGGGCAGCAAGUACAUUAUCCGUGGCGAUUUCCUUUAUCGUCGCGAACCACCAAUUUUGACGGCGGAGAAUGACAAGAAGGCUUUUGAGCUCUACGAACAGGCACGUGUGGCGGAGAGUGGUGGAAAUGCCACGUUGGCCUGCGAGCUCUUUCAACGUGUUCGUAAGCUGUCAAAAGGGGUAGCUGAACUUUAUCAACUUUAA